AUGGAAAAGAUUGCAAUCUUGCUGCGAGACCAUGGGCACGAGAUUACCAUGUUGGUUGCAGACCAUUAUAAACCAAAGCAUGACCUAGGUGAUGUGAAAUUGAUCAGAUUUCACAUUGAUGAUACAGAAUUUAACAAAGGUGGUGUGAUGGAUCUUCAGACUGCUUUUGACAUCAUUGAACGUGACCCAGUUAUUGUUCUAAAAGAAUUGGACGACCUUGAUUACCUACUGUGCCAUACACUGUUCAGUGAUAACGAUAUUUUGAUGCAGUUCAGAAACUCAAACUUUUCCCUUUUUUUAUUUGAUCCUUUAAAUAUAGCAGCAGGUACUCUUCUUAAUGAGUAUUUGAAAGUGCCAUCAGUUGGUUACUGGAAUCAAGGCUUUUGGAACCUCUGGUAUGUUUUUCAUCAACCAAUGUUUUAUUCAUUCAUGCCUAACAUUCCUUCUGGACUCUCUGACCAUAUGAACUUUUGGGAACGGUUGCACAAUUAUGAAGUGGACCAAAGUAUUCGAAGCUGGCUGGAGGAUAAGAUGGACUAUAUAGAAGGCCUAAGACUUAAGUACCUUCCAAAGGAAAAUAUCCCACACAUGAAGCAUGCAUUUGAGAGGGUCUCUCUUAUGAUUGCUGCAAAUGCCCAUUUUGCCUUAGAUUAUCCCAGACCAGUCAUGCCCCAUGUGAAACCUAUCUCUGGACUCCUCUGGACACCAGCAAAACCUCUGCCCAAGUUUUUCAAUGACAUUGUUACAGAUGCUACUCAUGGGGUUAUUCUACUAAGCUUUGGAACUAUUGUCCCACAUUUGGAGGAGGAAAAGGCAGAAAUGUUUGCCAGAGUUUUUGCUAAGCUUUCCCAGAAAGUAAUUUGGCGCCAUGAUGGAAAAGCUCCAAAGUCACUAGGCAGCAACACAUAUCUGGUAAAGUGGUUUCCACAGAAUGAUCUUCUUGCCCACCAAGCCACAAAACUGUUCAUCACCCACUGUGGAGUAAGCAGCAUGUGGGAGGCCCUGUACCAUGCAGUGCCUGUGGUGGCCAUUCCUCUCUUUUGGGAUCAGCCCCAAAAUGCCAGAAAAUUGACAGACCGUGUUAAAGUUGGGGUGUCCCUUGAUUAUCUAACCCUUACUGAAACUAAGUUAGAAAAUGCCAUUGGAAAGGUCUUGAAUGAAAAAUCCUACAGAGAAAAUGCAGAGAAGAUUUCAAUAAUUUUGCAAGACACUCCUAUGUCCGGACAGGAAGAAUUCUUAUUUUGGCUCAACUACACCAUGCGCCACAAUGGACCUCUUCACUUUCAUUCCCAAGCAGCUUAUAGUCUAAACUGGUAUCAGUACUUUCUACUGGAUGUCAUUGCUUACAAAGUGGCAGUGAGUUGUUUGGCCAUUUCUGCUUAUAUUCUUCUUGCAGUAGUUUUGUGGAAACUUAUGAAAACCAUACUGAAAUAUUUCACUAGUAAAAAUGUCAAAUCAAAAGCAGCCUAA